UGAAUACCGGCCUAUAAAAUGUUGGGUAAAACUUGCAGGGUAACGUGAACGUUUUUCAAAAAUCGCGCCGCGCUAAUCCGCAAAAUGGCGGACAGCGGGGGGGGGGGGCGAGUCCGCGCCGUCUACACUACUCUACACUUCGUGCGCCGCGAAUCGCGCGCCGGUGUAUACGCCUCGUAAAGUUAGGUCGCGCAACUCAAAUCAGUUCAAAUUCUCGUUGUGUCGUCGGACGGUUUGUUUGACGCGGUUUACGCCGGGAAAUGUCGCAGCACAAUCAGAAACCCACCGGUCACGGCUACUGCGAGGCCAUCUUCUCGACCUCGCCGAGGAGCUCGAGCAAGGACAACGUCGUCCCGGCGCUAAAAACAAAGAAAAAUCUGUACUCUUCCCUGUUGAGCGAACCGUCCACCUCAACGAAGACUCGGAGCGCAUGCAAGCCGACGCAAUGUCCCCUGCAGAAGGCGUCGUCGAGACUCGAGUUGGUGGAGGCUUCGGGUUCCCCGGGCAAGUCGGCCGACGCAAGACUCUGCCUGAAGCCUGCGAACCCGACGCAGCAGGAGGGUACGAGCUCCAAUGUCACAUCCAGCGACAGGAACCCAAAGACGCCGGUCAAAAGGAGACUCGCUGGCGGAUUGUUCAGCGACAGGACGCCCGCCAUACAGUUGUACACGCCCAAGCACACGAGGGUGGCGAACACGCCCAGCGCCGACGCCAGAUGCAACGCGAGGACGCCUGUGAAACGUUACUUCAGCGACCACGCUCUGUCGCAGAGCACGCCUGACUGCUUUAACGCGGUUCAUCUGGAGACCCCGUCCCACAAAAUUGACGACAUAGUGAUGGGAGAACAGACGAUGUACGAGGGCGAAAGUAGCAAUCUCACAGUAGGGAUACGCAUCAGGCCCUUGACUGCCAAGGAAUCGAACGACCCGAAGGUUGCGACGGUCUUGCAGGGAGAUGGUCAGAGUGUCGUUGUGGAAUGCGAAUCCGCGCACCACACUUUCGUGUACGAUCAUUGCUUCGUCUCGUACGACGACCCGCACACGCCCGGUCACGCCAGCCAGGAGGUCGUCUUUCGCAAUAUGGUGUCGCCCUUGGUACAAAACGCCUUCGAGGGUUACAACGUCUGCCUUUUCGCGUACGGACAGACGGGAUCUGGAAAGAGUUACAGUUUAAUGGGCACCGAGUCCGCGCAGCUGAGCGCAACGCCACUCGACGAGAGAGUCGGUAUCAUCCCGAGAUUUUGCCAGGAAAUAUUUACACGAGCGGGCGACAAUCCGCAGAUCGAGACCACCGUAGAGAUCAGUUACUUCGAGAUAUAUAACGAAAAGAUACACGAUCUCCUGGCGAGUACGAACAACGGGUCGAAAAAGGCUCCCCUUAAAGUAAGAGAGCAUCCUGUCUUCGGUCCCUACGUCGUCGACCUGAGCCAGCAUUGUGUACAAAAUUACAAAGACCUGCAGACUUGGCUUAAAGUGGGCAACUCACAGAGAGCCACAGCCGCGACUGGCAUGAACGAGAAGAGCUCGCGGUCUCACAGCAUUUUCAGUGUUAUAUUAACUCAGACGCAUUCGGACGAUCAGUUGGAUCGCAAAACAGUCGACGCCAAUCGUCGCAGUAAAAUUAACCUGGUUGACCUGGCUGGUAGCGAGAGACUGAGCCAGACUUCUGCAACUGGUGAUAGAUUAAGAGAAGGUGUAUCUAUCAACAAAUCUUUACUUACCCUGGGGAAGGUAAUUGCAUCACUCACGGAGAACACAAACAAUCGUAAACAGGGCUUCGUGCCGUACCGUGAGUCAGUGUUGACAUGGCUGUUAAAGGAGAGCUUGGGAGGGAAUUCACGUACGGCGAUGCUGGGAACAGUGUCACCGGCCAAUGUCCACGUGGAGGAGACCCUGGCGACCCUUCGAUAUGCGUGCCAAGCUCGAGCUAUAGUCAACCGAAUCCGCAUCAACGAAGAUCCGCACGACCGGCUGAUUCGCGAGUUAAAGGCCGAAGUGCUACGUCUACGCGGAGUGCGCAAGGGAUAUGAGAAACAGUAUGGAGUUAUUCCUUAUCAGUUGCUCGAUCGCAUCAAGUCGUACGCUUGGAGUCCAACCCACCAGUCCGAUAAGGAAGUCGUGCAAAAACAAAAGGAAAUUGAUAAAUUGAAAGAUCAAUUGAAAAAAACGGAAGAACAGUUGGCUGUUACUCAAAUGAGUCCGCACGAAAAGUUUCAAAGAGCCGAAGAGAGGAAAAGCUCGGAACUGAAAUAUUUGCGCCGUUGCGGAAUCGCCAUCGAAAUCGAUUUCCAAGAGAGAGAUAAGCAGCCUUGUCUCGUAAAUCUCGCUGCCGAUCCUCUGUUGUCCGGUACACUUUUGUAUCUUAUACCUCCAGGUUUGGUUCGUAUCGGGAAGAAUAGCGGGCCGGAGGUCGUAAAUCUGGAUAUCAUGUUGGAUGGACCUCUUGUUAGGGCGCUGCACUGCUCUAUUGAAAAUAAUGAAGGAAAACUAAUCUUGACGCCCGAGAUGGAUGCGGACACGUACGUCAAUGGACAGAUGGUAACCGGAAAAAUUAUGCUUAAACAUGGCGAUCGCUUAGUCAUCGGCGGUAAUCACUAUUUUAAAGUUCUAAAUCCAUACGAUGAAUUCUGCAAUGCCAAGCUCUCCACACAAGCGAUUGAUUUUGAAUUUGCGCACCAGGAAAUUCUUCGAAUACAGGAAGAAAGAUUAAGAGCAGAACUGGAGGAAUCAAAACAGAAAGCGAUAAAGGAACUCGAGAGCGCCAAGCGUGAAGUAGAACUGCAACUCGGUUCGCAAAAAUCGCAGUACGAGCAGAAGAUCAAAUUUUUGGAUAUCACACUGAAGGAACAACAGCACACACUCGAACAAAUUGAUCAUAGAAAAAAGGAGCUGGAGUUGGAAAAGGAGUUGCUUUGCAAAGAGGUGGAAGCCAACAAUAAGAUUAAGAAAAUGCAGCUGGAGCAAAGUCACGCGAAAUUAACGCCGUAUAAAACGAAUUUCCUGCAAGAACUCGAGAGUAUUUUGAACGAGAAGGCUGCAGACAUUGAGAACGCGCUAAAAAUGAAGCUUAAUGGGGAUACGAUAACUGCUGGUGGGGUCAGUUUACACGAGAUGCAAAUACUCGUUAAAGAAGCGACUCAGCGAUGUAAAGAAGCCGGAUAUGAUUUUGAAUUUGACCAACAACAAACAGUGGUGGAAAAUAAUUUACAGCCAGUGAUUCGUGUUCGUGAUAAAACGAUUGCGAUGGAAACGCUGUGGCAGGCGACGGACUUUCUGAAUUGGAUUUACGGCCUGAGAAGCUGUGAUACUAUAAAGGACUCAAUGAAGGAACUACGUCAUUUCAAUUGCAAGUGGGAGUCUUACGAGACGGAAGUAUUUGAAGAUUCCUUGAAUAAUAGUAAAAUCUCCAUAAACAUGACCCCUGUGAAAAAACAGCUGAACAAUAGUAUCCAUCUAGACAAGUUGUUACUGGAAACGACGAUGAAUGACGAUGCGUCCAUAAUGCAUGAUCAACAAGAUGAUGUGAAUGCGUGUCUCACUCAAAUCGAAGUCGCUACGAAAACGUUGAACAAGCUGUGUCGUCGGUACCAAAACCACGAUACUGAGCCGGUCGUCGAAUCGUUGGCUAAGAUGCAAGAUAUUAUAGAGUUCUUAAAAAAUAGCUUGCAGAAUAAAGACUCGAGCGAGGAUAGUAGUGCAAAUUCGAUAAACCAAAGUGCUAAUAAUACUGUUAUCGACAUGUCGAAUGAUGUAAACAACAUUCUUUCGCAGCAUAAUAAGGAUGCGAAUGACUGCAAGGAAGAAGAUAACAUCAGCAAUAAUGACACAGAUAAGUUAGCAAAAAACGAAGUUGAAAAUUGCUUAAGUCACGGUAUGUCACCAAAGAAAUCUAGUAUACGGAAUAACGCGCUGGAUACGAAAGAUGGGAAUGUUCAAAAGAACGUGAGGUUUACUGACAAAGUCGCACAUCAAGACUUGAUAAAAUAAAUAGCAAUAGCUGUUUAAAAUACUCAUUACUUUUUAAUAAAUUUCCACUAUUGCCAUUUUAAAAAUAUAAGAAACAUAUAUAAUAUUAAUAAUACAUAUUACAUCGCAAAUUCAGAUUUAUGCAACACAUUAAAUUUUACAUUUUAAUACAUUUUAUAAGUCAUUUAUUAGAAUGUACCCUUUAUGAACUUUCAUUGUUUUAUUAUUUUGAUUAUUAUUGGUCCACAUUUUUUAAUUUAGCCUUAGUAAAACAAGAUUUUAUUUUAUGUGACCGAACUGAAAGGGGCUUUUAGUAGGAAAUGCAAGAUUUUAUUUGAAAAGUAUGUUUUAGGUGAAAGUAGAACAUUUUGUAAAUUACAAACUCUACUUUUCCGUAAUUUGUAAGAAAGUAGUAUUUGUAACUUAAGAAUAUUGUAUUGCAAAUUGUAUAUUAAGCAUAUAUACGUAGAGUAACUUAAUGAUAGAUUAUAAUUAACGUAUGUACUUGCCGAUGAUUAAAAUAUCAGAAUCUUCAAUGCUUAUUUAACAUUUGUAUUUAAAAAGACUUGGUUUAAUUCGCUUUCCAAAAUAAAUUAAAAUUCGCGAACUUGUGAGACUGUACGUGUAAAAAGGAUUGCGAAUAUUUUGUAAAGUAUUCAUAUUUAUGUGCCUUAAAUGACAAUAAAUUUUUAUAAAUC